AUGAUGAUCCCAGUUAUUGAGCAGGCGCUAGUGAUGAUGCCACCAGUUAUUAAGCACUCGCUAGUGAUGAUGACUCCAGUUAUUGAGUACUCGCUAGUGAUGAUGCCACCAGUUAUUAAGCACUCGCUAGUGAUGAUGACUCCAGUUAUUGAGCACUCGCUAGUGAUGAUGAUCCCUGUUAUUGAGUACUCGCUAGUGAUGAUAACUCCAGUUAUUGAGCAGGCGCUAGUGAUGAUGACCCCAGUUAUUGAGUACUCGCUAGUGAUGAUGACCCCAGUUAUUGAGCACUCGCUAGUGAUGAUGACCCCAGUAAUUAAGCACUCGCUAGUGAUGAUGAUCCCAGUUAUUGAGCAGGCGCUAGUGAUGAUGACCCCAGUUAUUAAGCACUCGCUAGUGAUGAUGACUCCAGUUAUUGAGUACUCGCUAGUGAUGAUGACUCCAGUUAUUGAGUACUCGCUAGUGAUGAUGACUCCAGUUAUUGAGCACUCGCUAGUGAUGAUGACUCCAGUUAUUGAGCACUCGCUAGUGAUGAUGACUCCAGUUAUUGAGCACUCGCUAGUGAUGAUGACUCCAGAUAUUGAGCAGGCGCUAGUGAUGAUGACUCCAGUUAUUGAGCAGGCGCUAGUGAUGAUGACCCCAGUUAUUGAGCAGGCGCUAGUGAUGAUGACCCCAGUUAUUAAGCACUCGCUAGUGAUGAUGACUCCAGUUAUUGAGUACUCGCUAGUGAUGAUGACUCCAGUUAUUGAGCACUCGCUAGUGAUGAUGACUCCAGAUAUUGAGCAGGCGCUAGUGAUGAUGACUCCAGUUAUUGAGCAGGCGCUAGUGAUGUUGACCCACGUUAUUGAGUACUCGCUAGUGAUGAUGAUCUUAGUUAUUGAGCACUCGCUAGUGAUGAUGACUCCAGUUAUUGAGCACUCGCUAGUGAUGACGACCUCAGUUAUUGAGUACUCGCUAGUGAUGAUGACUCCAGUUAUUGAGUACUCGCUAGUGAUGAUGACUCCAGUUAUUGAGCACUCGCUAGUGAUGAUGAUCCCAGUUCUUGAGUACUCGCUAGUGAUGAUGACCCCAGUUACUGAGUACUCGCUAGUGAUGAUGACCCCAGUUAUUGAACAGGCGCUAGUGAUGAUGACCCCAGUUAUUAAGCACUCGCUAGUGAUGAUGAUCCCAGUUAUUGAUUAUUCGCUAGUGAUGAUGACCCCAGUUAUUGAGCAGGCGCUAGUGAUGAUGACCCCAGUUAUUGAGCAGGCGCUAGUGAUGAUGAUCCCAGUUAUUGAUUAUUCGCUAGUGAUGAUGACCCCAGUUAUUGAGCAGGCGCUAGUGAUGAUGACCCCAGUUAUUGAGCAGGCGCUAGUGAUGAUGACCCCAGUUAUUAAGUACUCGCUAGUGAUGAUGACUCCAGUUAUUGAGCACUCGCUAGUGAUGAUGACUCCAGUUAUUGAGUACUCGCUAGUGAUGAUGACCCCAGUUAUUGAGCAGGCGCUAGUGAUGAUGACCCCAGUCAUUGAGUACUCGUUAGUGAUGAUGACUCCAGUUAUUGAGUACUCGCUAGUGAUGAUGAUCCCAGUUAUUGAACAGGCGCUAGUGAUGAUGACCCCAGUCAUUGAGCAAGCGCUUACCGAUGUUGAUCUUGUGAUCAUUGAGCAGGUUCUGAAUACUGUUGACCUCGUUAAGAUUGCUCAGGCACUAGUGAUGAUGACCUAUGUUAUUGAGCAUGCGCUGAGUGAUGUUAACCUCGUUAUCAUUGAACGAGUGAUGUUGAUCUUGCGAUCAUUGAGCAGGCGAUGA